GAUACUGAUUCCCUGUUACUUUGGUUCUGGGGAGAGACUACGCAGGCGCGGGGCGGAAGUGACGACACGUACGUCACUGCGUCUCCCAGGGCAGCAGGAGCGGCGGCCAGGGUGUAUCAUGGCGGAGGAUAGGUUUGGAUCUCCUGGCCGCUAAGUGUGCGGGGACCCGCUCCGUCCUGUCCCCUCCGCUGGGCUGUACAUGCGAGGCCGGAGCGGGGGGAAUAGAGAGGAAGUAGCGCUACUGUCGCUUCCUUUCAGCUUCUUGUCUUUCCUGAACUUCUUAAAGGAGCCACUUCCCUGUUGUUGUGGGCUGUCUGUGGCUUCUGCUUUGGGUGAUGACCAAGGAAGGGAAGGCAGGACUUAGUGACACUAAACUCCUUCAAUUUACCUGCAGCUCAAUUGUUAAUACUGUCCCUUCAUCCCAAGAGCUGACACUCACAAUAUCUACAUUUUAUAGCUGUAACAAUUUCCCCUUGAAUCCCAGUUGCGACUCAUGAAUCCUGCACCUGCUUGUUCUGACUGUGACACCGCUCCAGUGACUUCUACGUCUGCUUAGAAACCCUCUGUGGCUGCACCGCUGCUUCCGGCUACCAAAGAGACUUCUCUGCUAAAUGACAGCUUCUUCCUUCCCUUUUGUCCCCUCUAAACCCUGCUGCAUCGCUGUGGACUCGUAGGCAACCGUUUAGGCAACUUGGCCACCUCCUCCUCCGCUGAUCUAGAAAUAUAUCGAUUUUUAUUUGCCAAGUGUCCUGUUCAUCCUAUGGGGCAGCAGCCUGGGAAAGUGCUCGGGGAGCAGAGGAGGCCGAGCCUGCCGGUCUUACCCUUCAUUAAAGGAGGAGGCAAGAAGGAUUCAGCCAAACAUGCCGGACCCCACUGUAACGUCUUUGUGGAGCAUGAAGCCUUGCAGAGACCCACGGUUUCCGACAUCGAGCCUCAAGGUCUGAGCGAAGCUGCUCGUUGGAAUUCCAAGGAGAAUCUUCUGUCUGGGCCAAGUGAAAAUGACCCCAACCUCUUUGUUGCACUGUAUGACUUUGUGGCCAGUGGAGACAACACUCUCAGCAUCACCAAAGGUGAGAAGCUGCGAGUGUUGGGCUACAAUCACAAUGGAGAGUGGUGUGAGGCCCAAACCAAAAAUGGCCAAGGUUGGGUUCCCAGCAACUACAUCACACCAGUGAACAGCCCCGAGAAACAUUCCUGGUACCAUGGACCCGUGUCUCGCAACGCUGCUGAAUACCUGCUCAGUAGUGGGAUUAAUGGCAGCUUCUUGGUGCGGGAAAGUGAGAGCAGCCCAGGCCAGAGAUCCAUUUCCUUACGAUACGAGGGCAGAGUGUACCACUAUAGGAUCAAUACUGCGUCUGAUGGCAAGCUCUACGUGUCAUCUGACAGCCGCUUUAACACCCUCGCUGAACUGGUCCACCACCACUCCACCGUGUCCGACGGACUCAUCACCACGCUCCACUACCCCGCCCCCAAACGCAAUAAACCCACUAUUUACGGGGUGUCGCCCAACUACGACAAAUGGGAGAUCGAGAGGACGGACAUCACCAUGAAGCACAAGCUGGGCGGCGGCCAGUACGGAGAGGUGUACGAAGGGGUGUGGAAGAAGUACAACUUAACCGUGGCUGUAAAGACUUUGAAGGAAGACACAAUGGAGGUGGAAGAAUUUCUAAAAGAGGCUGCUGUAAUGAAAGAAGUCAAACACCCAAACCUGGUGCAACUGCUUGGUGUGUGCACACGGGAGCCCCCGUUUUACAUCAUCACAGAGUUCAUGACGUACGGGAACCUGCUGGAUUACCUGCGAGACUGCAACAGGCAAGAAGUGACGGCUGUGGUACUGCUGCACAUGGCCACUCAGAUCUCCUCCGCCAUGGAAUAUUUAGAGAAGAAAAACUUCAUCCAUAGGGACCUUGCAGCCAGGAACUGCCUCGUAGGGGAAAACCACUUGGUGAAAGUAGCCGAUUUUGGCCUAAGCCGACUGAUGACUGGAGACACAUACACUGCCCACGCGGGUGCCAAGUUCCCCAUCAAGUGGACCGCUCCGGAGAGCCUGGCUUACAAUAAGUUCUCCAUUAAGUCUGACGUGUGGGCUUUUGGUGUGCUGCUGUGGGAAAUUGCUACCUACGGCAUGUCCCCAUAUCCUGGCAUUGAUCUCUCCCAAGUGUACGAGCUGCUGGAGAAGGAUUACCGAAUGGAACGUCCUGAAGGCUGCCCAGAGAAAGUCUAUGAACUCAUGAGAGCAUGCUGGCAGUGGAAUCCAUUGGACAGGCCGUCCUUUGCUGAAAUCCAUCAAGCAUUCGAAACCAUGUUCCAAGAGUCGAGCAUAUCUGACGAGGUGGAGAAGGAACUGGGAAAGAAAGGCUUAAAAGUGACUGUGAGCAACCUCCUCCAGGCCCCAGAGCUGCCAACAAAAACAAGGACAACCAGGAGAGUGCCGGAGAGCAAGGACGAGAACGCUGAUAUCGCCAGCAUCAGAGCUGCCGGCGAGCUGGAUGCUUUUGAGCCUGAAUCAGCCGUGUCUCCCCUUCUGCCUCGGAAGGAGAAAGGAGCAGGUGAUGGGGGUCUUCCUGAUGAUGACCGUCUGCUGGUUAAGGACAAGAAAACCAACCUCUUUUUUAGCACCCUGAUCAAAAGGAAGAAGAAGACCGCUCCUACUCCUCCCAAGCGCAGCAGCUCUUUUCGAGACAUGGAAGGGCACUCUGAAAGAAGAUGUACCGAAGGGGAAGGCAAGGAGGCCAACAAUGGGGGAGAUCUGCUAGAUGCAUUUAAAUUUUCAACCAAUGGCACAGCUCUCAGUAAUGGUUCCAUCCAGGGAAGCAUCGGGUUUUUGUCAUCGCAGUGGAAGAAAUCAAGUGCAAUGAUUGGGCGGCAAACGUCUGCCGGCGACGAGGAGGCAAUAUGCAGCACAGGCAAGCGUUUUUUGAGAUCGUGCUCGGCCUCCUGCAUGCCUCACGGUGCUAAGGACACGGAGUGGAAAUCUGUCACCCUGCCCAGGGAAAUGACAUCGUCUCGGUGCUUGCUGGACACGCCCGGUUCCGACAGUCUAAAGAAAGCAGAGAAACCAGCACUGCCCCGUAAGAGAGGGAACGAGAGCAAACCUGAGGGAACUCGAGGCACAGUCACUCCUCCUCCUCGCCUGCCCAAAAAGUGUGAAGACCCCAUCGAUGAAGUGUUUAAGGAUGCUGACCCCAGCCCAAACUCCAGUCCACCUAGCCUGACACCCAAACUGCCACGUAGAAAGCAAGCCGGGCCUGCUGGUGCCCCCUUACAGAAAGAGGAGGCAAGUAACAUCAGGCUUGGCUCUGACACUGGACCCUCCACCAAACAGACCUCAUUAGCUGGAAAAUCCGAAGCAGAACUUCGACUCAGGAGACCCAAAACAUCUGAACCUGUCUCCAGGGACAAAGUGAAAGUAUUAAAAGUGAAACCGUCUCCACCUCUGCCUCUUUCCUGCAUUGGUUCCUCAUCUUCCACCUCGUCCAACCUGGGGAAAGCUUCAAAGCCACCCUCCCAAAGUCCCAGUCAUGAUACCAGUCCGAGCGAGCCAAAGCACAAGCCAACAAGCCAGACCGAUGAACUUUCCAAAACUCCCCCUCCUGUGCCAGACAGUUCAAAGAAGCCACUGCUCCUCUCCAGCUCCAAGCCCCAGGUCACUGGAAAGCUUUCUGGUGGCGACCAAUCACAACAGCCGGCUCCAUCUUCAUAUUCCUCCACUGCAUUUGUUCCCCUUAUCUCCACCCGAGUCUCCUUACGCAAGACUCGCCAACCGCCCGAGAAACACAGCAGCCCUGUCACCAAGGAGACUGUAUUGGCUAGCACCGAAUGCCUGAAGGCGGCCAUUACCCGUAACUCUGAGCAAAUGGCCAGCCAUAGCUCAGUGCUGGAGGCCGCCAAGAACCUGCACGCUUUCUGCACCAGCUACGUAGACUCAAUUCAACAAAUGAGGAACAAGUUUGCUUUCCGGGAAGCCAUCAGCAAACUUGAGAACAGUCUGCGGGACCUACAAAUUUGCCCCGCCCCCGCCGCAGCAGGGGGUGGAGCUGCCACAUCUCAGGACUUCAGCAAGCUGCUUACCUCUGUGAAAGAGAUCAGCGACGUGGUGCAGAGGUAGCACAGCGUGGCCUCCAGGUGGUGAAUAAUAUGGUGGACAUCAGGGCAGGUUGGGAAGGGCUCAGGCUGAGAUGGGGGUGUAGUCAAGGCCGAUUUGGGUGCUUUAUAACAUUUUGAGGCCUUAUGAAUGUGCCAGGCACCGGGGCUGUGACCACAUGCAUUCAGGCUUGCGUUGUGCCUAGGGUUGCCACCUUUUCUGGAAAAAAAAUACCGGCCUUCCUAUAUAUUUAUCUUUUUUCCCUAUUAAUAACAUUGGGAUCAACCAUCGUUUUUACUGGCCAGGUGUCAACCCUAGUUGUGCCCUGGGCUUAAAUAUAUGUCCCAGACUUGCACCUUUUUUUUCCUCAUUUUUGUGAGACUGCCGUUCUUCUCUCUGACACAGACUUUUAUGGUCUACAGGUUUUUUUUUUAAUUUUUAUCGUUUUUUCCAACUCUUAAAUGGCAAAAAUGCUGUACAGUGAAGUGCGAUGAGGGGUUCGUCAGGCGCAGGUAAUGCGUAACGGAGCGUUUGUAAAGCCGUAUUGUAAGCACAAAAACCAUACCUCUGUCAGCCACUGCCUCACACGUACCCCCACUCGUCAGUUAUCAGGAUCCAACGGCCCAUAAAAGCCCAGUGCUGCAUUCUUCUACACAUACAUUUAACCUACAGAUGGUUUAGCCUCUCAAUAACACCGACCGUUCCAGCAGAUUCCGAUUGGAUCACGUGAGCAUUCCACUGCAUGCACCGACCCAUCCCCGCUGCUGGCUUAGCAAUAAAGAACACAUUACACUAAAAAAAUGUCAAAUACCCGGGGACUUGAUCUUUUACGGUUUUUUAAGUGCAAUUACCUUUUUUUUUUUUUAACCAAAUGGAAUCCCGGGGAUAUUGAUGCCUAUGUCAACUUGAAUAUAUACGAGAGGAUCAAGAUCUAUUCAGUAUGGAGCUGCUUCCGUCUAUCACGUGAUUGGGCCUCAGUCCCCAAUAUUAUAUUGUAUUAUGCUAAUGUCACCUGUGUAUGUUUCCCCGUUUACCGUUAUUUUGCCUUAUUUCUGUAUAAAAUUCCAGCUCGCUGUUUGAGGAUCUAUGGGGUUUUGUUGUUGUUGUUAUUGUAAUGAAUAAAUGCACACACACA